AUGUACCCUAAUCCUCUCAUCUACUGCACCUGCUGGGACCCCUGGAACUUGGGACCGCGGAAGCUCAUCAAGACCCCUCGGCCACCAGGCAAGGGCACAGGGAAGCCCAACAAACAUUCCCUUCAUGGAGUAAAAACUCUUUCUGGAAAACAAGAAGAGUGCAAAGAAUUACCUUAUGAAGAGAUAGACGUGUCACCAGGUUACCACCUCUUUCGAAAUAAAGAGCAGAUUUCUGUCACGUUGGGGGAUGAGAUGUUUGACAGAAAAAAGACUUUAGAAUCAGCAACCAAAGGAAAAAAUUGCUUCUCCCAUAGGACUAAGGACUCUGUCCUUGAAGAACAGAUCUCAGAACUAACAGCGAUAAUAGAACAGAUGAACAGAGACCACAAGUCUGCCCAAACACUGCUCUCCAGUAAAAUGGAAAUGCAGUGUACAAAGAUGCAGCAAAAGUUUGAAGACAAGAACAGGGAACUGGAAGAGGCUCAUGCAGCAGAGCUCAAGGAAUUGGAAAAAAAUUAUAAAGAAGCCUUGAAGUCAGAGAGAUUGGCUGCUCAGGCAAAGCUGGAUGAAAAGGAGAAGGAAUAUAGAUUUUUGAAGAAUAUGUUUCAUAUGUAUCAGGACAGCAUUUAUGAUGAGAUGGAGGACAAAUGGUCAAAGCGGAAAGCAGAAUGGGAGAAGGAUGAGAAGAUGGAGCGAGAAAGGAUUCUGCUGCAGCAAAAGACUAAGAUGAGAAGACAGUUUGAGUUCGAGUCGGAAGAAGAAAAGAAGAAAAUAAAUGAAUCCUGCAAAGCUAUGUUGGAGAACUUCAAUCGAGAGAAGGAGAAGUUCAUGAAGCAACAUGAAAAUGACAUCUUGCAAAUAGAAUCACUGAAAAAGACCAAAGAGAGCAUAGAUAAAGAAUUGGAGGCACAAACUGCUAUCCUAGAGUCACUUAAUACAGCCCUCUACCAAACCCAGCAAGAGCUGCAGAGAGAGAAAAUGGCAGCAAUGAAUCUGGAAAAAACAUUCCUGGCCAAAUUUGCUGAAGCUGAAGAAAAAUAUAACUACACCAUCCAUAACCUUACACAAGAAAAUAUGCAACUAAGGCAAAAAAUAAUUAUGAAGAAUGAAGAAAUUUAUGAAGGGCGAUCUGGCAGACUGCCCUCCGUUAUUACUUAUGAAGAUAACUCAGACAUUUUAGAAGAUGAUAGCUGUAGUAAUUAA